AGGAGCGGCGUGCGGAGCUGCGGCGCGGGAGGCGGCGGCAGAGCCCGGCUCCUCACAGCCCCCCCCAGCUCCUCACAGCCCCCCCAUCGCCCUUCUUCUUCUUCCCUCCCCCCCCCCAAUGGAGUUCAAGCUGGAGGCGCACCGCAUCGUCAGCAUCUCGCUGGGGAAGAUCUACAGCGCGCGGGGCCAGCGCGGCGGCCUCAAGCUCCACAAGAACCUCCUGGUGUCGCUGGUGCUGCGCAGCGCCCGCCAGGUUUACCUCAGCGAGCCGGGCUGCCCUCCCGAACCGCCUUGCGGGCCUCCCGACGAAGAACCGCCGCCCUGCCCCACCGCCUGGCCGCCCGGCGAGGAGACGACGACGACGCCGCCGCCGCCGCCAUCGCCGCCCCCGCAGGACCAGGCGGCUCGGGCCGGCCCGCGGCUGCCCGGCGCGGCCUGCCAGGGCCUCCAGCCGCGGCGCUGUUGCUGCGGCUGCUGCUGUGCGGCGGGGGGUGAAGCGAACCGCCCGGACUGCGCCGCCGCCGCUGCCCCCGGCGGGGCGGCUGCCGCUCCCCCGCUGCCCCCCUGCCCACGGAAGCGGAGCGCCGGCGAGCGGGGCCAGGCGGGCUCCCCGGUGAAGAAACCCCGCCGAGAGGUAGAGGAGGAGCCGCCGCCCCCGCCGGAUGAGCAGGAGGAUAUGGAGACGGGCAACGUGGCCAGUCUCAUCAGCAUCUUCGGCUCCAGCUUCUCGGGACUGCUCAGCAAGGAGCCCAAAGGACGGCGGCGACCGCCCCUUGACGGCGGCGAAGCAGCGGCGACCACCCCCGCCGAGGCGGCAGCCGAGCCGGGACAGAUCUGUUGCGACGAGCCGGUGCUGCGGACCCUCAACCCCUGGAGCACGGCCAUCGUGGCCUUCUGAGCUCUGCCGGCCGCAGAGACUUUGCCCUCCGCCUCGGAGAGAGGGGUAGCGGGGGUGGGGGGAGACGGGACUGGCCGACCGCCGGGCAGCAGGACCGAGAGGUGACCCCCCCCCCCCCCGCUUCCCUCCCUUAGCCCCCUCCUCCCGCAGCCCCCGGCCCACCGAGGAGGGCGAGCAGCGCCGCGGGGCUCUGGCGCGCUGCCCCGCCGCACGGGAAGGACCGCAGAGCAGCAGCAGCAGCACUUCCCCCUUCCCCGCCGGCACCCUGGGUCCCAGCGGCCCGUCAACCACCCUGGGAGCGUCCCGGCCCUGCCCUCCCGGAAUUUCCCUUCCCGGUCGGGUCGCCGCCCUGCCCGGCGCCCCGGGGGAGACUGACCCGGCUGCCGCCGGCACCGGGAGCCUUCCCGCCGGGUGGUAUUUUAAGCUUGGAAAGUAUUAAGUUUAUUAAAUAAAGUCUCUAUUUUGGAAAGGUUUAGGUCAGAACUUCUUACAUGGUGCUUUUAAAAAGUGUUUAUUGAGAGAAACGAAGUUUACAGACGCUCUGACGGAAAAGUCCUUGAGCCUGUUGGUUAGGCUUGGCAGCUCCCGGUCUUUGUUGUAUAAAGGCUUGGGGCUCCCGUAGGGAUUUUUGUACAGUGUUUUCCUUCGGUGAUGUAUCUUGUUUUGUAUAAAAUGUAAUUCUACGUGUACAACACGUAUUAAAUAUUUUCAACUGUA